AAGCUGGGCUGGCUGCCGACGCGGCUGGGAGCCCCAGUAGGUCCCGCUGCGGUUCCGGCUAAAGUGGCAUCCCUCUCCCGCCACCCUUUGUCCCUGGGUCCCUACCUUCUGAGGAUCGCCCUUGAUCUUACCCUCAUCCAUUUCCUACUCCCUGAACAGCUCCCCCCCCGUAUCUGAAUAUCUCCACUCCUGGAGCCCCCAGCGUUUCUCCCUUCCCGCAGCAAACCCCACGACCUCCAGCAGCCCGCCCCCGCGGGCCCGAUCUGCCAGGCGGCUCCCGCCGCAGCCUCCUCAGCCUUCCCGCUCUCCCAGGGAUCGCCCUAUUACAACCCCAGGUGUCCGCGCUGGGGUGUCCCUGCUUCUUCCUCCUGUCCCCUCAGAGCCCCCUCCCUCGCCCUGGCCAGCCGGCAUGCAGGUGUCUAUCGCGUGUACCGAACAGAACCUUCGCAGCCGAAGCAGUGAGGACCGUCUGUGUGGACCCCGGCCGGGUCCCGGGGGCGGUAAUGGAGGGCCAGUCGGUGGGGGGCAUGGGAAUCCUCCGGGGGGUGGCGGGUCCGGCCUUAAGGCCCGAGCCGCUCUGGUUCCCCGACCUCCAGCGCCCGCUGGGGCCCUGCGCGAAAGCACCGGCCGAAGCACUGGCAUGAAAUACAGGAAUCUAGGAAAGUCUGGUCUUCGAGUGUCCUGUCUUGGCCUGGGUACCUGGGUCACAUUUGGUUCUCAGAUCUCAGAUGAGACAGCAGAAGAUGUGCUGACAAUUGCCUAUGAGCAUGGUAUAAACCUGUUUGACACCGCUGAAGUGUAUGCAUCAGGAAAGGCUGAAAGAACCCUAGGUAACAUCCUCAAGCGCAAAGGAUGGAGGAGAUCAAGCUAUGUCAUCACCACCAAGAUUUUUUGGGGAGGACAGGCAGAAACUGAACGAGGCUUAAGUCGCAAACACAUCAUUGAAGGCUUGCGAGGAUCCCUGGAACGCCUCCAGCUGGAAUAUGUGGAUAUCGUCUUCGCCAAUCGCUCAGACCCUAACAGUCCUAUGGAGGAGAUUGUGCGAGCUAUGACCUACGUCAUCAACCAAGGGCUGGCCCUAUAUUGGGGGACAUCCCGAUGGGGGGCUGCAGAAAUCAUGGAAGCCUACUCCAUGGCCAGACAGUUUAAUCUGAUUCCUCCGGUGUGUGAACAAGUGGAGCACCACCUAUUUCAGAGGGAGAAAGCGGAGAUGCAGCUGCCUGAGCUCUAUCACAAGAUUGGUGUUGGUUCAGUCACUUGGUCUCCUCUGGCCUGUGGUCUCAUUACUAGCAAGUAUGAUGGGCGACUCCCAGAUUCCUGCAGGGCCAGCAUCAAGGGCUACCAGUGGCUCAAGGACAAAGUACAGAGUGAGGAUGGCAAGAAACAACAAGCCAAAGCCAUGGACCUUCUGCCCUUUGCUCACCAGCUGGGCUGCACUGUGGCCCAGCUUGCUAUUGCCUGGUGUCUCCGCAGUGAGGGUGUCAGCUCGGUUUUGCUGGGGGUGUCCAGUGAAGAGCAGCUGAUGGAACACCUGGGCUCACUACAGGUGCUGAGCCAGCUUACACCGCAGAUGGUGAUGGAGAUAGACGGGCUCCUGGGGAACAAAUCACAUUCCAAGAAAUAGUCCCUGGGGAGCGCAGAGACUCAACCUGUUCCGCUGCACCCGCCCAAGAAUCGCAUCUCCGCAGCCGCCCCUUCACCCCUCCCCCGUAUCCCUCCACCGAGCGGCCAGAACCAGGGUAGCCCCGCCCACUACAAAUUCUGGCUUGAGUAGCGAUGCGCAUGAACAAAGCCAUAUCCUUCCGCAGUGGGGCUUGAGAGAAAAAGUAAUCCGCCCACCCCGUGCUGCGUCCUUUUUAGGCCUUCUUCCUAAUCCUGGGCAUGAGCUAUGGGCGUACACUCUCUGCCGUUUGGUCUGGCUCCUUUCUCUCUUCUCCCUUGUGCCGGGGGCCCAGAAAAAACACGGCAGAUGCAAGAACAUGCAGAGUACCUCAAAAGUGACCCUUGAAAUGUCAUCAAGGGGUAAGGACCUAAUAAGUGAGUUAUAAUGUUAUCUGGGACAUAGGAAAUGUGGUUUUACGAUAUUCCACACGAAGGCAGCCAGGCUGGUCCUGGCUGGAAGAAAAUGAAAAUCUCUGGGAAACCAGAACUCUACCUCCCAGCUCGGAGGUGCAAGACUUCAAUCUAGAACUACUGUAAUACCUUGUUCUUGCAGCGAGGGGCCAGAGUGGGGAAAACAGUGACAGCACCGGCAAAAGCAGAGGGAAAUUUGAUUGCAGAUGUACAGUGUGAUCUGGCCAAAAUUGCCCAGGUGGCUCUUGGAAAACAAAGCUGAGUGGUGCUUUUGCAUUAAUGAUAGUCUUUGGGCAGAGAAAUGGGGCUGACAAAGACCUGGGAACAAAUUUUUGAGCCUUGAGCUGGACUUCCUAUCUGCCAUUAGAGGACUGCAGUCUUCCUCCUGCAAUAACCCUAAAGCAAUAAUGAUAGCCCGUCUUCUGUAAGAUUUCCCAGGGAACUGUAAAUAAAAUUUCAGCUUGAUCCUCA